GAGCAGAUAUUUCGGGCGAGAAAGGCGGUUCACCCUACCCAACCUCUAUAUAAGCUCACCCUCACACUUUCCGUUCCCUCAUAUCGAUUUCUCCCAUCAAUUUCCCCUCUCUGCCCCCUCAUCAAUUUACUCGAGUUUUCGUCAUUCCGGCACUCCUUCAAGAUGCAGAUCUUUGUUAAGACUCUAACUGGCAAGACUAUAACUCUUGAGGUCGAGAGUUCUGAUACUAUUGACAAUGUCAAGGCCAAGAUUCAAGAUAAGGAAGGGAUUCCACCGGAUCAACAAAGGCUGAUAUUUGCUGGAAAACAACUUGAAGAUGGCAGGACCCUAGCAGAUUACAAUAUCCAAAAGGAGUCCACACUUCACCUUGUCCUUCGCCUGCGUGGUGGAAUGCAAAUAUUUGUGAAAACCCUCACCGGAAAAACCAUCACCCUUGAAGUUGAGAGCUCAGACACCAUCGACAAUGUGAAGGCCAAAAUUCAAGAUAAGGAAGGAAUUCCCCCAGAUCAACAAAGGCUGAUCUUUGCUGGAAAACAACUUGAGGAUGGCAGGACCCUAGCAGAUUACAAUAUCCAAAAAGAGUCUACACUUCACCUUGUCCUUCGCCUGCGUGGUGGAAUGCAAAUAUUUGUGAAAACCCUCACCGGAAAAACCAUUACCCUUGAAGUUGAGAGCUCUGAUACCAUCGACAAUGUUAAGGCCAAGAUUCAAGACAAGGAAGGAAUUCCACCUGAUCAACAAAGGCUGAUCUUUGCUGGCAAACAACUUGAAGAUGGUCGAACCCUUGCUGAUUACAAUAUUCAGAAGGAGUCCACCCUCCACCUUGUUCUCAGGCUUCGCGGUGGGAUGCAAAUUUUUGUUAAAACUCUUACUGGCAAGACAAUUACCCUGGAAGUCGAAAGCUCAGACACAAUUGAUAAUGUGAAAGCAAAAAUUCAAGACAAGGAGGGGAUUCCACCAGACCAGCAGAGACUGAUCUUUGCUGGCAAACAGCUUGAGGAUGGGAGAACCUUGGCAGAUUACAAUAUUCAAAAGGAAUCAACCCUUCAUCUGGUGCUGCGUUUGAGGGGUGGCAUGCAGAUCUUUGUAAAAACCUUGACAGGAAAGACAAUCACAUUGGAGGUUGAAAGUUCUGACACGGUUGACAAUGUCAAGGCUAAGAUUCAGGAUAAGGAAGGCAUUCCUCCAGACCAGCAGCGUCUGAUCUUUGCUGGCAAGCAGCUAGAAGAUGGGCGGACACUUGCUGAUUAUAAUAUUCAGAAGGAGUCGACUCUUCAUCUAGUCUUGAGGCUGAGAGGUGGGAUGCAAAUCUUUGUCAAGACUUUGACAGGGAAGACCAUCACUUUGGAGGUGGAGAGUUCUGAUACAAUCGAUAAUGUGAAGGCCAAGAUUCAGGAUAAGGAAGGGAUCCCACCGGACCAGCAGCGUCUCAUCUUUGCAGGGAAGCAGCUGGAAGAUGGCCGCACCCUUGCAGAUUAUAACAUCCAGAAGGAAUCUACCCUUCACCUGGUGCUCCGUCUCCGUGGUGGCCGUUUCUGAGGAUGGGAAUCGGGAUGUGCAUUCCUCAUGUUUUGUGUUGUUUUUGCUCUCUCUGUGUUUUCAAACUAUCUUUGUUUUUUUAAAUACUAGCUGAUUAAUGUCUGCUAGUGUAGUAUAAGAGCCAAAAUCGUAUACGAUGGAAGGCUGCGUUGUCUAGUGAUAUUAUGAGGUAUGCAUAUGAAUACAGUAUUUCCCAGUUUUUGCUUAUUUCA